GGGGCCUGGCGGCCGGGGAGUGCUGCGUGGCCAUAAUGGUGCUGCUAGGUGGGACCUUUGUCCCCGUCAGCGAUGCUGAGCAGAGCCGACUGAGGCGAAAAUCAGUGGUCUGGAACUAUGUCACACAGGGGGAGAAGGCGGGCGGGGCGAAGUUGCAUGGAGAUCGGAAGUUACGUUGCAACUUUUGUGGGCACAUUUGGCAGGGAAGCCAGAGCAAGGCCGCACGACACUUCACGAUGAAGAACCGUUGCGCAGUUGCUCCCAUGGAGGCCCUGGUCGACAUAUGGAACCUCACACCCUACGAGUUCGACACGAGGUAUGUAGGGGGGAUUAGGGGCUACAUGCAGCAACAGGGGAUCCGGGAUAGGAGAGCAGUUAGACUGUCAGCGGGCCAGACUGCGAGGGGAGAGAAGGAGAUGCUGGACGCACUGAACGAGGCUGAGAGGGAGGAGGAGGAGGAGGAGGAGGAGGAGGAGGAGGAGAUGGAGGAUGAGUGCUGUGGAGGCGCUGCUGAGGGUGAGUGGUUCAUGACAUCUGCACGAGGAGAUGAGAGACAUAGGAGGCAAGUGGCGGUGCAGGUGGGUAAGAGGAAGGUUGGGGAGGGGGAGGACGUUCUCGAGCAGGCGGGGAAGAGGAUAAGGCGGGGAGAUGGAGAGGAUGAGGUUUAUGACCCAAAGUAUCAGGUGCAGUUUAGUGAUACAUUCCUGCAGUGGGUCUAUGAUGCAGGCAUUCCAUUUAAUGCCUUCAGGAGACAGACGUGGACGAGGGUGGUGCAGUUGGCGGAGGCCUUGCCGGGAGGGGUUGGGGAUAUUCAUUACAUCUAUCCAGAUAUCAAUCAUAGCAUCUUGUCAUUGCGAUACUGUCUUUCGGAAUCGCCCAACAAUGUGCCAAAUUCUCUAGACCAGGAAUGUCCACUUUGGAAGCAGCAGGAGGAGGGUUGUCAAGGCGAUGAAGAAGGUGGCAGCGAUGGCGGAGAGGAGGACGAGGACAGUGAUGAUGAUUACAGCCAGUGGCGUUCUUCUUCUUCAUCUCCGGCUUAUACUGAUUCUGCCAUGGACAGUGAUUCGGGCGCUGAGAUGGAAAACACCAACGCUGAGGAAGGCCUACUUACUACCACCAAGGAUUGUGGAAACAGGUUAGACACGCAGAAGCACAGCGGUACAACAGUUGUUGUUGCCACACAGGUGCAGGCCUUUGAUUGGAAAAAUCUUCAUAUCUCGUUCUUCGACAGCAAUUGCAGUUUCUUUGAUGAGGCCGGCGAUGAAGAGGAGACGUGUUCUCAAUGGGAUUACUACUCUAGCGGCGAAGAUGAUGAUGAUGAAUUGGAGGAUGGUUUCAAGGAUGCGGCCGCCAAUCUUAGAAGAGUCGAUAUCUUCUUGAAAAGAGUAGGGAACUCUACCGUUGGCAACCUUGCGGCUGAGCCAUCAGCCUGUGGUCCCACCCUCGAGGCAUUUGCCAACACUGUUCAAGGGCAGGUUCAGGCAUUGCGAAGUGUGGUUUCAGCAUUGGAGAUGAGGGCAGCCAGGGGGGGUGCAGGAAUAACAGUUACACUUCUGUCUCUGUCUAACUCGUUAUCGAGGGUCUGCGCGAGGGUGGCGAUCUUGGAUCGGGUGGUAAGUGCAGCUGCACCACCCAGGUGGUUGAAGGAGGACACAGACGGCCUGCUACCUUUGCCGCAGCAGAGACAGGAAGACAUGGGGGGCAUACUCGCUGCAGAGGCUUCUCACAUCCUAACUUCGCUGUAUGAGGAAAUGGAACACGUCAGUCUCCUUCCUGAUGGAGAGGAGAUGGCAUUCAGGGCAGUCCUUACCCUUUUUGUGGGGUCCAUCAGACAUAUGUUGGAUGCCCUGGAUGUGUGGCUGAGAGAAGGAGCCCUCAUGGACGCUGCUGCAGAGUUCUUCAUUGCUGCAAACAGUGCAAUCCGGGUCGAGGGUUCGGCAUUCUGGCUCCAUGGCCUCCUUUUGAGGGGUCCCCAAUUGUUGCCAUCUACAGCCUCAAGGGGGGCUUCAUCAUCAUCGUCGUCAUUGUCAUCCCCACCUUACAGCUUGCGACACUCCAAAUCGCUAGCUACGAGCCAUGGUGCAAGAGGAGUAGGAACGCUGAUUCCGCAACGAGUCCCAGUCCCAGCACCCUCGAAAUCAGCGACAACACCAACAUCCGUAACCACGCGUGCCUCUUCGGAUUGCAAUUCGAACUCAGGCGGUGGAAUGGGGGUGGCAGCUUUGUUGACGUCAUCAGGUUGUGCGGCUCAUGUGACAAGUGCUGAUCAAGGCAACAACUUAAGUGAUGGUCAGAUGGUGACGACUCUUGGGCGUGGGAAUAGUAAUCAGCGAUCGCAACCUGUGGCGGCACACCCAACAGUAGCAGCUGUAAUGACCCGCCAAAGCACAGACUGAGAACACUGCUGAUUUCUGGGAUUUGCCACUGGAAUGAAUGCCUUGCCGUGAU